AUGAAGCGGGAGAGGAAAGAAAACGAAGAACAAGAGACUGGCGGAAUCCAACGGAUCCCGGAGGAAUGCCUGGCGAAGGCCGUCGGCCUGACCUCGCCGGCCGACGCCUGCCGGGCUGCCGCGGUGUCGGCCGCGUUCCGGUCGGCGGCGGACUCAGACGCCAUGUGGGAGCAGUUCCUGCCUCCGGACUGCGACGCCGUCCUGGAGCGAGCCGUCCACCUCGUGGACUCCACCUCCAAGAAGGAUCUCUUCAUGGAACUCAGUGAUGAUCACGUCCUGCUCGACGACGGCAAGAGGAGUUUUGGGCUCCAUCGGUCCACUGGCGCCAAGUGCUACAUGAUGUCAGCAAGCGAGCUGGCAAUCGCUUGGGUUAAAAUCGAUCUUUACUGGAGAGAGAGGUUGGACCCGGAUUCAAGGUUCCCCAUGGUCGCGGAGCUUAUGUCCGUCUGCUGGUUCAGCAUAUUCGGCGUCAUCAAUAGCAGGGAGCUUUCUCCCAGCACCCACUACGCGGCCUACCUCGUCUUCAAGCUUGCUCACGAUGCCUCUGGCCUCAGCUCCCGCAGUCAGAUAUCAUACGUUGAGGUAGGCGGCCAAGUGGUGGGGAGCGCCCGCACGGCGUCUUUCCAUCCAUGCAACCGUGCUUCCUGCAGCGGCGCUGCCAUCGAGGAGGCAUCAUCUUCAACGAUGAACAACAAUUGCGUCGUGAAUCAGCCGCAUGAGCACAAGGAGGAGGAGGAUGAGGAAGGAGGCAUCGUCAGGUACCCGCGCGAGAGGGUCGACGGCUGGCUGGAGCUAGAAAUGGGCGACUUCCACACCGGCACAGGUCAUGACGCGGUCGUGGAUGUUCGCAUGGAACUGCACGAGUUCGAGGAGCUGCAGUGGAAGAAGGGGCUCAUCCUCGAAGGAAUUGAGAUAAGGCCUAAGAAUUAA